UGUUGACAUAUGAUAGUAUUGAGAACUUGAGAAUGUCAAUGGUGUAUGUGUGUGAAGUUGCUCAUAAUUUGAAUCUACUGCUGGUUCUUUAAUAACGCUCUCAAUAGCUUAAGGCUGUAUGGCGUGAGACAGUGGGAUUAUUAGUGGCUAAUGCGUUGCAAAGGAUGUGCAAGAAAGUGGUCAUGCCCUAAGUAUGUACUAUCCCCGACAUUUUCGUACAGGGACAGCAAACGCAACGAAGUGUCAGGAUUGUAGGUCUUUUACACGGUUUGAACCUAAUCUUCCCACUUAUAAUGCAAACUUAACCACUUGACCGCAACGUUCCACGUGAGCUGUUUGGAAUAUACAGUUGUAACAAAGUAUAACAUUGAUUAUAUUAGGCAUGUCACCGAAUUUCACUGAGAUAUGUCGCCUUUGUAUGAUAAAACAAGAAGACACGUUGCUACCACUUUUUGACGAAAAUAAUAUUUUUGAGAAAAUAAAGGUUUUGAUACCGCAUUUAGAGCUGUGUAUAGGUGAUGGUCUGCCAGCCCAAGUAUGCCCUCAGUGUGUGCAUCAGAUCAACACAAGUUACAGCUUCAAGUUACAGUGUGAAGCCAGUGAUGCAACCCUCAGAAAAUUGCUUGUCCACCAGGAAACACAGCCAGAUAUAAAGGAAGACAUAUGGAAUUGUCAACAUGAAGUGUGUAUGUUUGUAGAGGUAAAAGAAGAAAAUAAAUAUGAAGAAUGUAGCAAUCAUGUGGACACCAGUGACAGGCUGCAUAAUGAUGACACUGAAACCAGCUUGUGGCCAGGUGACUGUUACUGCAAAAUAAAUGAAAUUAAGGAAGAAAUAACACGUGAAGUUAAUGAAAACAGCCCUGCAGAUUUCAGUGUAUUGACAGAAGAACAAGAGAUAGAAAACGACACUGAAUAUUAUGAAAAUACUACUCCUAGAGGUGUGAUCUUACCAGAAGAACCAAAGAAGAGAGAUUAUCCCAGACCUUACUGCUGUGAAAUUUGUGGUCUCUGUUUUACACAGAAAAAUAAACUUGCUGCACAUCUAAAUACACAUUCAGGUGAAAAACCAUACCCUUGUAAACACUGUGGAAUGAAAUUCAGUCGUCCCGAUAGUUGUCGGUCUCAUCUUUUGUGUCACAGUGGCCAGCGACCAUACUCAUGUGAACUUUGUAACAAGACAUUUACUCGUCAUGAUACUAUGAAGAGACAUUUGUAUACACAUACAGGAUACAAGCCACAUCAGUGUACAUUAUGUAGUAAGAGUUUUAUCCAGAAAGCCCAUCUCAAAAUUCACUUGGCAUCGCAUACAGACUACAAGCCAUUUCAAUGUCAGGAAUGCCCAAAGACAUUUUCAACACAUUCUCGAUUGAAAGAGCAUGCUGUUUUUCAUACUGGUAAAUGGCCUCAUGCAUGUGAAUAUUGUUCCAAGGGUUUUGCAAGGAAAGACCACCUUAAGAAGCAUUAUAUUGUCCAUAAAAAGAAAAACGUGGCCUCAGAUGUAUAAUCUCUAUAAGCUGUAACGUUAUAUAUUUUGCAGGAUAAUAACUUGACAGACCCACUGCAUACUUAGUUCACACUAACCAAGACAAAUCUGAUACUGUUUUAUUUGUUUUCGUCCACUGCCAUUAUCUCAGAUUAUAUAAUAUAAAAUGAUAGGAUGACUUGUAAAUAAUGAAUUGAAAUAAACUUUGAAGAAAAAGGUUGUAGCCUAAAUAAGGCACUGUGUUGAAAUUUGUCUGGUGGGAUUGAGGAAAUCCUCAAUUAGUAUACCCAGUGUCCCAACCGAGAGUUGAACAAAGCAGCUCCUAAACAUGAAUCUGCAGAAUGUUACAGCUACAUCAACCUGCUUGGUGACAAUAAGUAAAGUAAAGCUAUCCCUGUAACAGGCCAUGAAGACCCAUAGGGUUGUGAAACGUUGAGGGUCCCACAUUA